UAAACAUCUUCACUGGCUGGCCAACUUUACUAAAAGAACAAAUAACACGUGAACGGAGGAUACAGUCCAGGCAUCUUAGAUUUCAUACAGAUUUUCGAAAAGGUUGACUUCAUACAGAUAAAUCCAAGUAGUUACCUAAUCUUCUGUUGGCUGAAUUCUUAAUGUAUCAAUCUUGCACCAUUUUUUCAAUCAACUUUCGAACUGUGCUCUGGUUGGCUUCGCCAUCAAGCUUGCCCUGAAGCUUAGCUACAGUCACAUAAUCCAUUGAAAGUGCAUGGUAUAAUGCAUGUAAUGAUAAUAUUAUGUUAAGAGAAAUUCCCAUGCAUUGUCUUUGUUAACAGAAUAACCAUCAAGGAUUUAAGGACAUUACCUUCAUGUACCUUUAUGUUGGGCUAAUUAUAAUUAUGUUGUUACUGCAGGAAAUAGAUAACAUUGCUGAACUGAACAUUGUAGAGGAUUUGGAUAACCGACCUUCCAAAAAAGCAAAAAUUUCUGAAUUAGGUGUUCUGGAGCGAAAACCAAUGUCACCAACUAUGUCAGCAUCUUCUCCAAAUUCUGAAUGUUUUGAAUCAAUUGUGCCAGAAUCAGACAUUCAGAUAGAUCGUGAUCCAUUGGCAUCACCUCCAUCCCCAUCUAGCUCGACAUUAUCUCUUGUUUUACCAUUACAUGAUGUUAAGGAACCAGAUUCAAAUAAAGAGAUCAAAAUUGUUCAAAAAUAUGAUUAUCUACCACAAGAAUCAGACAUUCAGAUAGAUCGUGAUCCAUUGGCAUCACCUCCAUCCCCAUCUAGCUCGACAUUAUCUCCUCUUUUACCAUUACAUGAUGUUAAGGAACCAGAUUCAAAUAAAGAGAUCAAAAUUGUUCAAAAAUAUGAUUAUCUACCACAAGACUAUACAUUGACCGAUUAUGAUCUAUGUGCUCAUAUAAUAAUUGAAUCAUCUUUGAGAAAACAAGAGUUGGUUCAGAUAGAUGGAAGUAUUGUGUUACAAAAUCAAUUGAUGUGCUUGCUUGAUGAAAAAGAGUGGGUAAAUGAUGAUGUGAUCGAUGCAUAUAUAUAUGUUGUAUAA